AAAACACAGUAGGACAAAGAAUGCCAUUCAAAGAACUACCUCGUACACGAAAUAAUCAUGUACGAAGUUUACAUUACAUCCAUAUCCACAAAAGAGAACUGUUUGUAGACUGAUUUCUAUUUUUAGUCUAUCAAAGAAACUUCCUUUCAUAGCAUUUUUUCAGCAAGAGUGAAACUAUAUACUACUGCCCUAUGGUUUUCUGCAACACUGUUUAUAAAUCAUUUAGUUUUGCAAUAAUAUAAAAUGCAGUAUUGUUUAAAUAAUGGAAUUAAAAUUUUACUAUUUGUCAUCUUAAUAAAAUAUCGAUACGUCAAAUGUUAGUUGUAUGUAGAAAAUACAAUUAAUUAAGAAAAUCAUUAUAAAGAAGUAAUCAAAUUAUGAGCGUAGCUUAAAUUCAAAAUUGAUCGUAAAGUCCGAGUCGCUGUAGAUUUGAUGUAUCUUGGUAAUCUUCGUUGACGAUACAUCUGUAGAUCUUCGCGGAUGUUCGUCGCCGAGUUUGCGCCAACCAAGAUGAAAAGUGAAGGUGGGGAUUGCAACUAGUCUCUUAUAUCCGGAGAGAUAAGAAUUGUCGGUGAUGUGCGUGCCCACUGGCCUCGGAGAGGACAACGCAAGGUUCAUCCUUCUUUUUGGGGUCCUGGCAGUGUACAUGCUAGCCGGCGCUGCAAUCUUUCAACAACUAGAGGCUGAUCUUGAAGUGCGACAGACUGCAGAAUUUUGGCGCGUUUAUCAUACUUUCCAAAGAUACCAUUUGCAAGGUGGUCCAAUUGCUCUUCAAAGACUGAAUGAAUUAUUAUAUGCAUAUGGAAAUGCUUCAUCUUCUGGUGUCAUUAAUAAGAGCCGACGAUGGGAUUUUUUUGGCAGCUUUCAUUUUGUGGGUACUAUAGUUUCCACAAUUGGAUAUGGGAACACUACACCGCAAACAAGAGCGGGUAAAGUAGUUGCCGUUCUAUAUGGUUUUCUUGGUUGUUCCGGUGGGAUUUUAUUUUUCAAUUUGUUUCUCGAAAGGAUUAUCACUUUACUUGCUUGGAUUCUACGGACCAUACACAUCCAUCGUAUAAAAAGGCAUAUCCGAAAAAAUUCAUUGAUCUCUCGACAUUCGUUCGGAUCAUCCAAAAAUGAGAAAUCUUCUUUACCAGACAUACUUGAUGACGAUUAUUUAGAUCUAAAUGAAUGGAAACCAAGCGUAUAUUGGGUCAUGCUAUUUUUAUCAAUAAUAUGUUGUAUGAUAGCUUGCUGCGCUGCUGCAGUUUAUGUUCAAUUCGAAAAUUGGGAGUAUUUCGACGCUCUUUACUUUUGUUUCGUUAGUUUUGCAACUAUUGGUUUUGGAGAUUUUGUUAGUACACAAAACUUGUACUACCCUUAUAUUCAUUGGUACCGUUUUAUUAACUUCAUGUUUUUGCUGAUUGGUUGCUGUUGCACAUACUCCUUAUUGAACGUGACUUCGAUUAUAAUAAAACAAGGAUUAAAUUACAUUACACAAAAAAUAGAAUGCAAAAAUCAGAAAAUGGCCACAACACAUUUACCAAAGAGAAAGUCUUCCUUGUCUACGAUUUAUUUUUCAAAAAGAAGAGGAACAAGGGUAGUAGCAAGAGAUUCAUUUAAAUCUGAUUAUUCGGAAACUUCAAGAAGAAUGUCUGGAGAACUGAUUUCUAUGCAGGAUUUUUUUUCAGCAAACAAAGUUUCGUUGGCCGUAAUGCAAAAGGAAUUAUAUGAAAUGGCUCAGUUACAAAAGGACACUAAUUUGAAUACGACCGCAUCUAACACUAAUGUCCUUAAAUCUGAUGCAGUUGGCCCUUUGGCCAUAGUUAGUGAAAAAUUUAAGAAUAAAAUUCCAAGAAAGAAAUAAAAUAAUUACGAACUAUUAA